GUGCACAACUACAUAUAAAAGCAGCCACCACGCUCCCACUUAGAAUGUCAGCCUCACAUCAUGGCUCCUAUUCGAGUUGCCCUGGUCGGCCUUUCUUCGUCCGGAGUAAUUGCUUGGGCCGCAGUCGCCCACCUGCCAUAUCUACUCUCUGCUCGAGGUAAGCAGCAUUAUGAGCUUGUUGCACUGCUCAAUUCCUCCAUCGAAACCGCCGAGGCAGCAAAGCGCACCUUCAAUUUGUCCUCAGACAUAAAGACAUACGGCGAUCCCAAAAAGCUCGCUGCCGACCCUGACAUUGACCUUGUCGUUGUCAACACACGAGCCGACGUGCACUACACCGUAGUUGAACCCAGCGUGCGCGCCGGCAAGGGCGUCUACAUCGAAUGGCCGCUGGUGGACAGUCUGGAGAAGGCGCUCGCACUAACGCAGGGUCAGUCGUACCCCAACAGCAUUAUAGGUCUCCAAGGUCACGUGGCGCCUCUGACCCUGCGGCUUAAGGAGAUUCUGGCAUCUGGGGUCAUUGGCAAGGUGCUUAACAGCGAGGUGCGCGCAGCUGGAAACCUCGUCCCGCGCGACAAGGUGCCAGAAAACAUGGUGUAUUUCACGGAUCGCACUAUCGGAGGCCAUGUGAUUAACAUCCACUACGGCCAUACCAUUAGUUACGUGCACGAGGUGCUCGGCGACUGGGCUGACUUCCACACCAUCGGCCAAAUCCAGAGGCCUUCGCUCGGCGUUAUCGGCGCAGAUGGACAGGUAGCAGGGAGCGUGGCGUCGAAUGUGCCAGACUACCUCUCAGUUCACGGCACCCUUCAGAACAACAAGGGCGUCGUUGCUCCCGGGGCCAGCCUCCAGACUACCUUCCGGCUCGGUCCGCAGUUCAAGGGGGAGCCAGGUCUGGUAUGGACGAUCAAUGGCGAGAAAGGCGAGCUGAAGCUCACUGCACCUGGUCCCUACAUCCAUGCCGGCUUUUCGAACGAUGGGCCUAUCACAAUCAUGCAUCACGAUCAUGCGACCGAUGAGUCGACAGGGCUUGAUUGGGAUUGGCCCGAGUGGCAGAAAGAGUAUGCGCUGCCAGUUAGGAGCGUAGCCGGGCUUUAUGAACGGUACGCGGAAUGGGUUGAGAAUGGGCGACCAGAGACUGUGGCAGAGGGAAAGCAAUGGCCGAGGAUGGACGAUGGUGUCGCGCUCAUGAGAGAGUUCGACACGCUCUAUAAGCAGGUUGACCCGGAGUGGUGAGAUAGAUCGACAAAUACAGGUCUCUGCUUCCGUACGCUGGGCCAAUUGAAAUCUUACACUCCGCUGCGUCUACUUUCUGUUAGCUUCGAGAAAUAAAAGACCAACCGCAGUCCGAAUGGCCAAGACGCUCAUUGGGCGUUCGAAAAAGGAAAACUGUAGCCGAACUUGAUUCGUCAGAAUACUUGCUAUAGAUGUGCCCACCAUGCAAAGU